AUGGCUUCUGACCUGGCCGCGGCCAUCCAAGGUCUCCAUCUUGAGGAUCUCCCCGACUCAAACAUUGAUGAUAUGUUGUUCCAGCAACGGCCAAGCAAACGCGUCAAGCAAGAUGUUUCCCAGCUGAAGAAAAGCCUUGAGACUAAUUUCCUCAUGCCUUGCAUGAAAUUUUCACCCGAAUGGCUCAACAGCCUGCAGCAGCGUUGGGAUUGCCCCGUGGAUUAUACCGAGCUCUUUAAGAUUGGAUACCCCCAAACCAGAACUGUGACACGGUUCGAACGACACGGCCUUGAGGGCAGAGUGAGUGGCUACCAAAACGUCACAGUUCCUGCCAACAGCGCUACCGCCAAAAAUUCGACUUCCUUCCUUCGCAAGCCCGCCAACAGAGCUGAUUUCGUCCGUGGAGCCGCCGGGUUUUUCCCCUUUGCACCUGGUGGGCUGGAUGGAAUCGAGGUAACCGCCGCGCUCGAGGACCAGGUUCACCGUUCUGGGGGUGGAGACGCUGCGGCUGUGUCAAACAACAAGCUCGAGCGGAUCAUCAAGCUUGGUGUUGAGGGUGGCCUGCUCGAUGUUGCACCUGGACUUAGCCGAGGAGUUGAUAUCGGCAAGAAGAAGGCCGACGAGGACGAAGCCAUGGCAAUUGAGCAAGAACUGGACCAGGAACCAGAACAACCACCAGGGUCAGAUGAGGCAGACGGCGAGAUUCAUAUGAAUGGCGACAAGGGGUUCAAGGCCGAGUCUGAAGACGAAGAAGACAGCGAAGACAUUGACGCUAUUCUGCCUGUCGAAUUCCCUGCUCUUGAGCCCCAUGGUGCAUUGGCUGCGUCUAGUGCCAGGAAGGCUAGCCGAGAGUGGGCCCACAUGGUUGACAUCAACAGAGACAUCGCCAACUUCAGAGAAUUGGUGCCCGAUAUGGCAAGAGAUUGGCCCUUCGAGCUCGAUACAUUUCAGAAGGAGGCUAUUUACCACCUCGAGAGCGGUGAUUCUGUCUUCGUCGCCGCUCACACAUCAGCCGGUAAAACUGUCGUCGCCGAAUACGCCAUUGCCCUCGCAACGAAGCACAUGACCAAGGCCAUAUACACGUCCCCGAUCAAAGCCUUGAGUAACCAGAAGUUUCGAGAUUUCCGUCAAACAUUCGACGAGGUUGGUAUUCUUACGGGUGAUGUCCAAAUCAACCCUGAGGCCAGUUGCCUGAUUAUGACGACGGAGAUUCUACGAAGUAUGCUCUACCGGGGAGCUGAUCUCAUCCGAGACGUCGAAUUUGUCAUCUUCGACGAGGUACACUACGUCAACGAUUUUGAGCGCGGCGUUGUCUGGGAAGAGGUUAUCAUCAUGCUACCGGAACAUGUAACGCUUAUUCUCCUAUCGGCGACGGUACCCAAUACCUAUGAGUUUGCCUCCUGGGUCGGACGCACCAAGCAAAAGGACAUAUACGUAAUCUCUACACCCAAGCGACCAAUUCCAUUGGAACACUACUUGUGGGCUGGCAAGAAUAUUCAUAAAAUAGUCGACUCCGACAAGAAGUUCAUUGAGAAGGGUUGGAAGGAAGCCAACUCGACGAUUCAGGGCAAAGAGAAAAACAAGGCUCUGGAGACAAUCAACGCCUCUCGCGGUGGCGGUGGUCAAAGAGGAGGCCAAAGAGGAGGCUCACAACGUGGUGGACAGCGAGGAGGUCAGCGUGGAGGUGGUCCUCAACAAAGGGGUCGUGGUGGAGCGCCGCGGGCUAGUCACAACCCGGGUCACAUGGGAAGAGCUGGUCGCCAGGGCGGUUUCGCCUCUGCAGCCCAAGACAAAAAUCUUUGGGUCCACCUUGUUCAAUUCCUCAAAAAGUCGAACCUACUUCCUUCGUGCAUAUUCGUCUUCUCUAAGAAGCGAUGCGAGGAGAAUGCUGAUGCACUCAGUAACCAGGACUUCUGCACAGCGACUGAAAAGAGCGCCAUCCACAUGACCAUCGAAAAGUCCAUCGCUAGACUCAAACCCGAGGACCGAGCCCUGCCACAGAUCAUUAGACUACGGGAGCUUUUGUCUAGGGGGAUUGCGGUUCAUCACGGAGGGUUGCUGCCGAUCGUUAAGGAGAUUGUCGAGAUUCUGUUCGCCCAAACUCUCGUCAAGGUGCUAUUCGCUACGGAGACCUUCGCUAUGGGCCUCAAUCUACCAACUCGAACGGUCGUUUUCUCUGGGUAUCGUAAAAACGACGGCCACUCCUUCAGAAACCUACUUCCUGGCGAGUAUACACAGAUGGCCGGCAGAGCAGGCCGUCGAGGCUUGGACACAGUCGGCUCGGUCAUCAUUGUUCCACCGGGCGGGGACGAGGCUCCCCCGGUUGCCGACCUCCAGAAGAUGAUUUUAGGAGAGCCUUCAAAGCUAAGGUCCCAGUUCCGUCUCACUUACAACAUGAUUCUCAACCUACUUCGGGUUGAGGCUCUCAAGAUUGAAGAAAUGAUCAAGCGUAGCUUCUCGGAACACGCCACCCAGCAGCUGCUACCUGAACAUGAGAAGGCGGUCAAAAUCUCGGAAGCCGACUUGGCCAAGAUCAAGCGAGACUCAUGCAGCGCUUGCGACGUGUCUAUGGACGAGUGCCAUCAAGCAUCGGAGGACUAUAAGCAACUCACUGGGGAAGUUUACAAGUCUCUUGUUGGUAUCCCCAUCGGCCGCAAGAUGUUCAGUCAGGCCCGCUUGAUCGUUUACAACAGGGAUGGUGUUCGCACACCUGGCAUCUUGCUAUCGGAUGGUGCUAGUGACAAGGGGUCUCAAGGCGGUCCUACUCUUCACGUCUGUGAGAUCAGGCUGAUGAGGGAAACCCGAGAUUCGACAGACCUUCUACCAUUCAUCCCGGCCUUCCGCAAGUAUCUCACACCGCUACCGCAGGCGAAGAAGCACAUGCGGAUCAAGACUCUGCAAGUACCUCUAAGUGAUGUUGAAUGUUUGACGAGAUACGUCACCAAGGGCAUUGUACCAGAGAUUUUUCAAGGUGGGGAGAAGUACGCAAAGGCCAAGGACAGGCUCCACGCGCUAUGCAGGUCGUGGGACGAUCUUUGGGACGAGAUGGACCUCUCCAAGAUAAAGAAUCUCUCAUUUCAAGAGAUGAUGAAGAAAAGGAAGGAUGCAGAAGCCGCUGCCUCGUCCUCGCCUGCUCUUUCCUGUCCCCAAUUCUUGAAGCAUUUUGCCAUGUGCCAUGACCAGUGGCUGAUCAAGGAGCAUAUCUCUCAGCUCCGGCAAUCUCUCUCAGACCAGAAUCUUCAGCUUCUACCGGACUACGAGCAGCGUAUCCAGGUGCUGAAACAGCUCCAAUUCAUUGACGAAAGCGCCAGGAUACUGCUGAAGGGCAAGGUGGCCUGCGAGAUCCAUUCAGGCGACGAACUGGUCCUGACCGAGUUGAUUUUGGACAAUGUUCUGGCCGACUACGAGCCAGCCGAGAUCGCUGCCCUGCUUUCGGCGUUUGUCUUCCAGGAAAAGACAGACACACAACCAAACCUAACGGGCAACCUUGAGCGGGGCAAAGAUACCAUCAUCGCUAUCAGCGAGAAGGUCAACGAAGUCCAGACACUCCACCAAGUCAUCCAGUCCGCGGACGAUUCGAAUGACUUUAUCUCUCGGCCCCGGUUCGGCUUGAUGGAAGUGGUCUACGAGUGGGCGCGGGGUAUGAGCUUCAAGAACAUCACUGACCUGACUGAUGUCUUAGAAGGAACUAUUGUGCGGACGAUUACGCGUUUGGACGAAACGUGCCGUGAGGUGAAGAACGCUGCUCGCAUCAUUGGAGACCCGGAAUUGUACCAGAAGAUGCAGACGGCGCAAGAGAUGAUCAAGCGCGAUAUUACGGCAGUCGCCAGUCUGUACAUGUAA